AUGUUGUCUUUCCGUCAUACCUUUAGAUUGCUAAACCCUGCAACCAGGGCUUUCUCCACCUCCGCAAUGUUUUUACAAGACAAAGUUACGAAAACUGCUCAAAAUCUGGCCAGUGUUGAAGGCCCAGAGACCUUGAUUGGUCCAGGUGCUAAAGAAGGUACUGUCCCAACUGAAUUGGAUCAAGCUACUGGUCUAGCCAGAUUAGAAUUAUUGGGUAAGUUGGAAGGUAUUGAAGUGUUUGACACAAAGCCUUUGGAUUCUUCUAGAAUUGGUACUAUGGCCGACCCAAUUGUUGUCGAUUCAUACGAUGACUACCGUUACGUCGGAUGUACUGGUUCCCCAGCUGGUUCUCAUGUCAUUAUGUGGCUAAAACCCACUGUUGAUAAAGUUGCAAGAUGUUGGGAAUGUGGUUCUGUUUACAAGGUUAACCCACUAGGUGUCCCAACAGACGAUCACCAUCAUUGA